AUGCCCACUCCUUCAUCCAAUCCUCCUCCCGACCCUCAUUCACCCCGAUCCCACAGUUUCUCGACAUGUCCUGAAGACAGCAGCUCACGAACCCCGCAACGCAGCUGGCGCCCGCCUACCGAUGCAAACCAAGGCCCUGCCGAGAUGGACACCCAUCACGACGACCGCAUGGACGAGGACGCUUCCCCCGCCCCCGUCAGCGCUCCAAUGUCGCAAGCCGAGGGCAUGAGCACAGAGGUCAUCAUCGACGACGAGCCCGCAUCCGCCGUGUCCUCCUCCCGCUCCACCACGAUGUCACCGAGGCCGCAGUCGGGCGGCACCGGCACCGCCCACUCAUCGCCGGCGGCAGAUAUGGAGUCGUUCAAGCAUGCAGAGUCCGACGAGGAGGGCCACUUGGCCGGUAACAGGUCGAGGACGUCCCGACAAGAUGGCACGAGGCGGCAUGGCGACCCCAGGCUGUCGCCAACAUCGAUGCACGACGACGGCAAGGGCGUGGACUUGGAUGCCGACGACGUAUGGGAAGAGGAGCUCAUGGCUCCUUCCAUGGGUCCAGAUUUUUCCAACAUGCGGGUCAUUCCGGCAACUGCAUCAUCGUUCUUGCGCCCUGGGAGCAAGUUCCACGGGACACAGCAAUCGGAACGACAGGUGUACGACGUGCAGGUCGAAAUCAAGCACGUUGACCUGAGGGAAUCCUUCCUGUGCGGAUACUUACGAAUCCAAGGUGCGGACGGCUGGCUUCCCCGCCCCCCCUCAUGUAACCGUUUGCUAAACUCUGUGCGCGUAUGCGCACAUGCAGGCCUCACCGAAGACCACCCCACAUUGACGACGUACUUUGAGGGCGAAAUCAUUGGCACGAAAUACAGCUUCAUCACCAACCACGAGAGCUGGGGCGCCACCGACAAGAUCGACCUGAACCACUGGGCCAAGUUCAACGCCUUCCGCCCGUUCCAGAAGCAGGCGCGCAAGGGCCCUGUGGUGAUCCGCGACGUCGCCCAGCGCGAGAACAUAUUUAUGCGCUGGAAGGAACACUUCCUCGUCCCUGACCACCGCGUGCGCACCAUUUCCGGCGCCAGCUUCGAGGGCUUCUACUACAUUUGCUUCAACCAGAUCAAGGGUGAAGUGAGUGGAAUCUACUUCCACUCCAAAAGCGAAAAGUUUCAGCAGCUCGAGCUCAAGCACGUGGAGGAUAGGGGCUGCUUCGGUGCCAUGGAAUUCAGAUGA